UCCCAGUCAUUACAAACCCAAUUGCUGCAUCUUUUUAGGAAGCUCCACGCUUUCUCUCUCUCUCUCUCUCUCUCUCUCUCGCACGCUCAAAGGUCGCAUGGUGUCAGGGACGCGCCUCGUCACGGGAACGUCCCGGAGCGCGUUCACGAGGUGCAAGGUCGCGCUUUAAAAACAGUGGAGCGUAUCAAACAGCGUGUGCGAGGCAAGAGGGCAACCUAAUGAUCUCCAUUGGGAUACCGCGACCAGUCAAUGAUCUUUUUUUUUUGCAUUGGAAUAAACUGACAGAGCAGAAGUGAUCUGUAUGAUCGCGGCACAGGAGCGCGCAGUAUGGUUCGGGAAACCAGACAUUUAUGGGUGGGAAAUUUACCCGAAAAUGUGCGAGAGGAGAAGAUCAUUGAGCACUUUAAGCGAUAUGGACGUGUAGAGAGUGUCAAAGUCCUGCCUAAACGGGGUUCAGAGGGCGGAGUCGCAGCCUUUGUGGAUUUUGUGGACAUUAAAAGUGCUCAGAAGGCUCACAAUGCGGUCAACAAGAUGGGCGACAGAGACCUGCGCACUGAUUAUAACGAACCGGGCACCAUUCCUAGUGCCGCGAGGGGGCUGGACGAUAGUCUGUCCUUAGGUUCUCGCGGCCGUGAUGUAUCAGGGUUCACACGGGCGGCAGGGGGGGCUGUGUAUGGCCCCCCCACGUCGCUCCACAGCAGAGAUGGACGCUAUGAACGGAGACUAGACGGGACUGCUGAAGGUCGAGAGCGGGCGUAUGACCACAGCACGUAUGGUCAUCACGAGCGUGCGGGAAGCAGUUUCGAACGUCAACGACAUUAUGACACGGACUACUACACGAGAGAAAGGACUCUCAGCUCGUCUGGGACUGGGUCUGGCACCUCCCUGGGAAACAGUACUACCCUGUCCACCGGAGUCGGGGGCAUUGUUAACGCCAUCGCUGGCAACACCGGAGCAACUGGAGCGGCGGGGUCCGCCACAGGAGGAAACGGUGGCUCUACGUCCAGCGGAGUCAGCUUCUACCGCUCCCACAGCAGGAGUCCGUGUCGCUUUGAGACACCGGAGCCUCGGUAUGAGUCUCGAACCAGGGAGGCCUUCACUUUGGCCAGUGUGGUUCACAGGGACCUUUACAGAGAGGACCGGGGUCGGCGCGGCGAGCGCUCGUAUCGACACAGUCGCAGCCGUUCUCCGCACUCGACACACUCGCGAAACCCUUCUCCUCAGAGACUGGCAGGUCAGGCGACCAGACCUCCGUGCUCCCACAGCAGAUCGGGCUCUCGCAGCCGAGCCUCCAGUUCAGACUCGGUCAGCAGCACCAGCAGCAGCACCAGUGGCAGUGAUUCCAGCAGCAGUUCAAGCGAUGAGUCUCCGGCACGCUCAGUACAGUCAGCCGCUAUUCCAGCGCCAUCAGCACUUCCUUUAUCAUCUCUUGACAAGGAGGAACCACGUAAAAGCUUCGGCAUCAAGGUCCAAAAUCUUCCUGUGCGCUCUACAGAUACAAGUCUAAAGGAUGGCUUGUUUCACGAGUUUAAAAAGCACGGAAAGGUGACAUCUGUACAAAUUCACGGCGCUUCGGAGGAGCGCUACGGACUCGUCUUUUUCCGCCAGCAAGAAGACCAAGAAAAAGCUCUCGGAGCAUCAAAGGGAAAGCUUUUUUUUGGAAUGCAAAUUGAUGUCACUGCCUGGAACGGUCCAGAGACUGAAAGCGAGAACGAGUUCCGGCCCUUGGAUGAAAGGAUAGAUGAGUUUCAUCCAAAGGCCACACGGACAUUAUUCAUUGGGAAUUUGGAGAAAACCACCACGUACCAUGACCUGCUCAACAUUUUUCAGCGCUUUGGAGAAAUUGUGGAUAUCGACAUUAAGAAAGUGAAUGGAGCCCCACAAUAUGCCUUUCUACAAUACUGUGACAUUGCAAGUGUCUGCAAAGCCAUAAAGAAGAUGGAUGGAGAGUACCUUGGAAACAAUAGACUUAAGCUGGGCUUUGGAAAGAGUAUGCCGACAACUUGUGUCUGGCUUGAUGGAUUAGCAUCAAACACGACCGAGCAGUUUCUUACCCGUCAUUUCUGCCGCUAUGGACAUGUUGUCAAGGUUGUGUUUGAUCGUAUGAAAGGAAUGGCCCUCAUCCUGUAUAACAACAUUGAAUAUGCUCAAGCUGCUGUAAAAGACACAAAGGGAUGGAAGAUAGGAGGCACUAAAAUAAAAGUGGACUUUGCAAACCAGGAGAGUCAGAUGGCUUUCUACCGUUCAAUGCAAGCAUCUGGUCAAGACAUUAGAGAUUUUUAUGAUAUUCUUUCUGAAAGAAGGGAUGAUCGACGCUCUCAGUAUGAGUUUCAAACAGAAAGACAAUAUUAUGAAAAUGUCCGCACACCGGGGACUUAUGCUGAAGAUCCUCGGCGUAAAUACACAACCAGAAGUCGGGAGUUCUACACCGAAUGGGAUCCAUAUCAAGGAGAUUACUACGAUCCACAAUACUAUGAAGACACCAGGGAAUAUCGGGAAUAUAGAGCCGAUCCUUAUGAGCAAGAUAUUCGUAAAUACAGUUAUUUGCAACGGGAACGUGAGAGGGAGAGAGAGCGCUUUGAGACGGAUCGUGGUCAUGACCACGGGAGAAGAACCGUUGAACGGAGCCAAAGCCCAACGCUUGUUACUUCUCGUCGUCCCGCGAGCCCCACAGUAUCACCUUCCCUCUCUGAAAGGAUACCAAAUGAAUCGGACCGCCAAAUAUGUUGUCGAUCUUCCGAAAGAAGUGGUAGCUGCAGUUCAGUCUCCCCGCCCAGAUUUGAAAAACUUGAAAAGUUGCGCCCGGAACGUUACACUAAGACUGAGAAAUUUGAAAAGGAUCGUGUGUUUGAAGUUGAAAUGGUGAACAUUGUGGAAAAGGAGAAGCGGACUGGACGGAAAGAUCGAGGGGACAAGGACAAAAGUGAAAGACAGCGACUUAAAAAGCUCAAAAUUACUUCACCAAUCAUUCAAACAUGUGAUACGGAGCCUGAACUUGAUAGACACACAAACCCUGACUUGACCCAGUCUUCUGUUCAAAGUAAAAAUAGUAAAAUUCCGAAAGAUGGCUCAAUUAAAGCCAAGUUAGAUCUUCUGCCUUGUGUGGUGCAACUAACGCGUGUGAAGGAAAAAGAAGUCAAACUGGUUAGUCAUGAAAAACAAGUAUUGAGGGGCGGGAGUGACAGUCCUAGACUGGCAUCACCUUCAGCUGACCAAAGAAGCCCUCUUUUUCGCACAGAGUCUUCAAAAGGGGAUAUCACUAAGCAAGCAAAGACAACAAGAGAUAAAAGCAUGCACAGUUUAGUGGAACAUAUUGAUAUGGAUGUGAAAAUAAAGUCUAAAAAACAUGGAAAAUCGGAAAUUAGUUUUGACAGUGGCAUUUCUAUGGAUUUUGAUCGUUUAGCUGCAAGAAAAAGGCGGUUUGAAGACUCGGGCAAAAAUGAUCGACAGAAGAGAAUUAGUGAGGAUGACCUUGGUACAUCUAUACUUCAUAAGCCUUGGAAUAAUAAAGACCCAGAGUUCGAUAAGAAUGUUUUCAUAAAAAAGAUGCUUAAAAAGGAGCAUAACAGGGAUAAAUCUGUGCGGAUAUUUUCAAUUAACAGUCCUAAUGAGGGACAAGAUUGUGAAAACAACUCCUUAAGCCGUUCUAUUCAGCCAAAGUCCCAGCAAGCAGCACUCUCCAAUGAACUUUCAGGGCGAUUACACUAUCCCUACUUAAAAAUGGAAUUAUUGGGCUCAAAAAGUGAAAAUAGCUCCAGUCUCGCAAAGACAUCGAGUUAUGGCACCCUUGAUUUGGAUGACGAGAGAGAGGUUAUGUGUGAAAAGGAACAAAGUGGAAAGCAUUGCAGAGAAUCCGAAGAUGAGGAACAGUUGGCGCACAUUGGUCAGACUAAUACUUUCACAAAACAUACAGAGCAGAACCGAUGGCUGCAUGCCAAGCUGUGUGAUCUGGACAAGCGUGACGUGAAGUAUGACACUUCAUCGAGCAAUGAAGCUCAAGAUUUUGGGACUGAUUAUCUCAAACAUGAUAUGAAAAAAUCAAACCAGGACAUAAACAAUGACGACUUCUCUCUGUGUAAAAGAAAAAGAAAUGAGACUUUUGACUCGGAAAUAGUUACUUCAAAAAUAGAGCGACACUUUGGAACGUCCCAAAAGUUGGAUGAGGAGAUUUUAGAGCGUCUAACAUCCACAGCAGUUGCUAUUUCGUUAAAGAGGGAAGAUGAAACUAUCCAGAUUUCUGCAUCAGUCAUAAACAAAGAUAGAAAGUCUCCUAUAAUAAAAGAAGAUAUGUCAAACACACAGUCAUUGAAAAAUAGUUUGGGCCUGACAACUAGACAUUUUCAGACAUCUGGAACUGAGCAACCAAAGCUAAAGACCUCAUUUCUUGGCUGCAGUGGGGACUCGGUGAACCAUUGGGUAGGAAAGGUUUCGUCCGAUUCUCCAAAAAUGGAAAUGACUUUCCCAAGUGAGCUUAGAAAACAUGAAACCAUUGGUAAAUGCCUUGGUCAGGAUUUAGAACCAGGAGAAGUACAGUCUGAUUCAGAUGAUGAUGGUGAUAGAAAACGCAUAUCUCCCAAGUCCAGUCGUUCCUUGUCUUAUAUCCUCAGGGAGCGUGAUGAAAGGAUGACGGAGAUGAAACUUUCUGGUUCAUUAGAAAAGAAUAAAUUUUACUCCUUUGCAUUAGAUAAAACCAUAACCCCUGAUACAAAAGCACUCCUUGAAAGAGCAAAGACACUUUACUCUGCACGAGAAGACAACUGGUCCUUUCUCCCAUCACGCUUUCCAACCACGCACAGCUACUCGGAUAAAAAUAAGGUAGAGUUAGCACCCCGUCCAAUUCCUUCUUGGUAUAUGAAAAAGAAGAAAACCCGUGCAAAUUCUGAUGAAAACCUACAUGACAAAAAAGAGGAACUUAAGCCUCACGACCAAGAACGUCAGGAAUUGUUUGCCUCCCGCUUCCUUCAUAGCUCGAUCUUUGAACAGGAUUCUCGUCGUUUGCAGCACCUUGAGCGUAAAGAGCAACAUUCAGAAACUGGAGUUGAAAAGAAUUGUACAAAUCCAGUGGUUCCUGAUGUACAGACUGAAUCUGAAGAUGGUGAUGUUCCACGAGAGCCCAUAGUACUAUUCCGCAGUCGGUUUUUGGAGCUUCAACAGCAAAGAGACAAGGGCCAUUGUCCACCUGAACAUGAGAAUAAUUCAGUUGGGGCGGAUAUUAAACAGAAUGUUGUGCCAGGUUGUGAUGAUUUGCUCUCUGAUGAGAAGACUACUAAUACAGAAUCGAAGGUUGAUGAAAAAUCACUUAGUGCCCAUGUGACCCCCACAUCUGUUUCCCCAUCUCUUCCAUGCCCAAAAGAAACUCCUCUACCAGAAAAUAAUGUCACAUCGCCCAAUGAUCAAUAUGUGCCAUCUCAACAAGAACGUGUCGAGCCAGUUCUUGACGCCUCUCUAUCUCCUCCUGUUCUCGAAAUCUUGAAAGCGCUCACUCCUGAACUAACUAUAAACCCUCCACUUUUACUUUCAGAGCCAGAAAAUGAAGUAGAAACAAAAAUAGAGUUAACUGUCCCAAAAGUAGAACUAGGGGAGAGUUUGACAAUGAAACAGAAUCAUCUUGUGGAGGUUAAGCCUCUAACUCCCGGGAGUUGUGUAACUAGUUUAGAACGUGAUAAUGCAGAUACCUCAGAUACCUUCCUUGAGGAUACAAAGGUGAAAAAUGUAUGUGAUGAAAAGACUGAAUCUAAAACAGAAACUCAGGAAACACAUAAUUUUGAAGAAUCCAAGACAACAGAGAUAGACAUUGAAGUAUGUAUGCCAGAGCUGGAAGUUGAAAAACCAGUGACAAACCGAAGACAGCCAAAGAACAAAAGGGCAAAAACGCUGCCAAUAUUACGCACAACAAAACCUCCCCCAAAAGAUAAACCCGCAACACGAAAGAGUGAACGUAUUGAUAGAGAGAAACUGAAAAGGAGCUCAUCUUCCAGGGCGGAAGCCUCAAAAGGAGCAGUCGAAUGUAAAACCACUUCAAAGUCAUCAAUGAAUGCAACAGAAUCUGAACAAAACAUUGAGUCAACUUUGGUUCAUGGCAGAACACGGCGAAGGAACGUGAGAUCAGUAUAUGCCACUAUACAUGAAGGAGAACAGCCUGCUAAGGAGGCAGUUGAGCCAUCACGAACAAUGCGUAAACGUAUUACUGACAAAGAACCAAUACAGCAAGAUGUUCAAAUUCCAACUACCAAUCCUAGAAGAGGACGGCCACCUAAAAGAGGUGUCAAACCAAAAGUUGACAAUACAUUACUAGUAAAAGUGGAUCCGCAGAAAACGGAGGAUAGCGCUCAUGUUGGAGAGAACUCAACCACUCCGCAAGUUGUGAAAUCAUUUGAGGGAUGGCGUUCUCCCAGGACUCAGAAAGUCCAGCAAACACAAGUGACUUCAUCAACUCCAGUUAAUAAAAUAGUCGGUAGAUUUGAUAAACCGUCUGAGGGCACUACUGUAGAACAAACCACCAUGACAAAUGUUGAUGAAUCAGAGCUGAAACCAAAAGACUGUAAUCCAUUUGAAAAGUUACCAGAAAAAAUUGACACAACAUUGCAAACUCAUAAAAAGGAAAAAGGUGCUGCCCCUUUAUCUACUAAUGGGAAUAUUGAGAACACAAGUAUAACCCUCACAGAGAGCAAACACCCUGAAAAUAGUGUAAAAAUGAAAACACCAAGGUUGAAACGAAAUACCAAGCAAGCCAUUGAAGAUAAGUCCCACACCCUAAGAAAUCUUGAAAUCCGUGUAAGCGUUGAUGAUGUUAAAGGUUUACUUCGGUCUGAGAAUGAGGACUCUGAAUCAUUUGAAGCCAGCAUUAAGAAAACCAAGACAUUAGUAGAAAAGGAAGAAUCAAAAACUAUUUGCUUUCCAAAACAGUCAAAGGAGCCUGAUAUGCAAAACAAUGAAGACGCUGUAUCUGAAGCUGUGCUGCCAGCUUCCACGAUCCUGGCACAUCAAAUGGAACUGGAACAGGCUGUUGAAAAUAUUGCCAAACUUACAGUAGAGCAAACUCCACGGCCUUACAAGGAGACUGCUACUGCUCAACCCCCCACAUUACCUCCUGCAGUGUCGGAGCCACGAAGUGAGGUUGAAGAGGAAAAGCGAGCUAACCCUUCAAGUGAAACAGAACUUGCUGCUGCUAUUGAUUCCAUCACAGCUGAAGAAGCAUGUGCAGAUGCAGAUGCUUUCACUGCACCUCCGACUUUCACAGCCUUAAUCCCCACACCUGAUUCUUUGCUGUCUGCCUCUUCCAGUGAGAUGAUGGAACCUGAAACACACAUGGUUAUAAAUAAUAUUCUUGCUGCCGACUCAGAUGAUGGUCUUUCAAUGAGCAGUCCAAAGGGUCUAAUGGCAGAAUCUAAGAUUACUGCGGAUUCCCCAUGCCCAGUUACACCUAAGAAAAUUGGAAAGGUUAGAGCCAAAUCCCCGAGAAAGUCAAGAACUCGUAAAUGUGCCGUGAAUAAGAAAGAAAAAUCUGCUAAACAAAGAGUACAUCCAGAGCCCUCCCCUCUGAAACUACCUGAGUCAAUCCCGGAGGAUCCAGAAAUCAUAAAUUCCAAGGCAGCAGUUAUUACAACAGGGACGACCGUAGCAGGAUCUGUGGUCACGGCUGUUGCUACAUGUAGACGUGAUGUUGCAAGUGCUAUAUCAUUAGGCACACCCAAGGAGGCAGAACAACCAGAAGUUGAACAGCCAGUUCCUAAAGAAUCAGCUUUUCAUUCAAAUUCAAGCACCCUCUCUAAUUGCAAAAAGCAUUUGCAAGCAGCAGAACCAUCUUCCUCUAGUCUUACCCCUGCACCUGCCCGUUUACAACCUGUGACCCAGUCAGGUGUACCCUUAAUAAGACCUGCCAAAAUGGCAAUUUCGCCAAGCUGGCCUCAGAGAACUGAAGAAAGUAGAAUCUUUAUUGCCCCACCUUGCCACGUAACAGUGGCAACUUCUUCAGUAUCAGCUUCCACUUCACUUGGACACUCUUCAAUCAAUCCUCCAAUGCCUCCUGAUACAAAGGCUUCUGAUGUCAAUCCGAGUUCCAGUACCUUAAGAAAAAUUCUAAUGGAACCCAAAUAUGUGUCUGCAUCACACAGUAAUUCUAUACCCAGCACUACGGUGACAUCUACUCUGUCAGAUCCUUUACAGAUGUCAGAAAAUGAAAAUCCCUCUGUUGCAAUGGGUCCAAAGCAUGUGGAGGAAAGAUUCUCUUUACCCCCCCAGUCUAUGCAUCACAAACCUUCUCCACUGACUGAGUCCCAAAAGAAUUGUGCUGAGAACACCCAACAUACAGUCAUUUCCCCAGCUACCUCAGUGAUAAGUCGCAUUCCGAUACCUUACGAUACAGACGAAACUCCACGCAUUUCCCUUAGUAGCCGAAGCAUGUGUCAGUUUUUGCCCAAACAAAAAUUCAGAGCAAAUUCAAAUGAGAAUAAUCGGAACCGUGACCUGGAUAUGGUUAAAGAAGCAACUAGAGGACGAUCUGUUGUGGAGACAACCCGCUCACUUCCUGGCCUUAGAGUAAAUACAUCAGAAGGUGUUGUUGUUCUAAGUUAUUCAGGACAGAAGACCGAAGUACCCCACAGAAUGAGAGCCAAAAUAAGUCAAAUUCCUCAAGCCAAUGCUGGGGACAUUGAGUUUCAGCAAUCUGUGCCUAAAUCGCACACAAAGCAAGAUUCCGUUGUUGCAUCGUCCCAGACACCCAACAUAAAAUUGUCUCUAAGUCCAUCUGCUUAUGGGCACACCAGUGUUCUUUCUAGCAGCCAGUAUCACAACGCUCAACCUGUCAUUUCCUGCACCAAGCAGGACAGUCGAAGAUAUGACAAGCCUGAAGUUUCAUAUCAUACAACAUCGCCGGGCAGUGUGGUUAAAAUGUUUCCACAGCCCGUUUCUUCUCCUCAAGUCUUGGUGUACAACCAGGCUUUGAUACAAAAACAGCAUGGAAAUAGACUAGGAACAGAAACCCUUUCAAAAAGGCUAGAUGUUGGCAAAUCUGUCCAACAGUCUAACCUAAGCCCCAUCAAAAGCCCUCAUCAUUCCUCAUUUUCUGGAUCACGUAGUAACUCCAGCCCUGCCACACCAACUGAUCGCGCAGCUCUACAUUUGAAACAAGAUCCCCAGUCCCCACAAACUGUUCACUCCCCCUCACCUUUUGGCAAACCCUGUACUCCUGGCAGUUCACCGGGAACCUCGGUCGUCAUGGGUCAUGGCAUGUCAAUACCUGCUUAUAGUGCCACUGUACAACAUCCGCACUCAGAACAGUCUUCUGUCAUAAUGCAACCUCAAAGUGUCACCCAGUGUGUGACCAACGAAGCCAGGAUGAAUGCGACGCCUAUGUCUGCUAUAAAUUAUGGAAGACGAAGUAAUUCUCUCUCUUCUCCUCUGCAACACUCGGGCAUCUCUCAGUCUGUUGUCAUCAGGCAGUCUCAUUCAGCUUCCCAAGGGUCAUUGUCAAGUGGUGGUGUAAAUGAGGAAGACUCCAGACCGUUUAACCAAGACCUUAGCAGACCCUCAGUACCACAGCUUCAAUCAGAUGGCGUAAUGCUUCACAGUGAUCGCAGGGGCCACCAUCAAAGCUUAUGUAUGGACCAGUAUAGAGACAUGCACCAGCGCAUCAUCACACAUCAGCAACUCGGAGAGCAGGCCGGUGUUGAAACAAGACACGCUUCAGAUCCUGGGACAACGUCAUCAAGCAACAUUACGGGCCCUUCUCAGGGUCUUGUAGUGAGGAAAAGCAGUGAAAUUUCAAGAAAAGAAGCCCACAAACCACUGGAAGGACAGCUGAUCCAUUCGCCUACCAAUGAAAGUAGAAUCAGGGCAGUCCACACAUCAAGUCCUGUAAUGGUGUCUCCUCACCCUCACGGCAUCCAGCUGGUGCAUCAUGGGAGUGCUGCCUCAUUUCCCGUGUAUCAUGACACACGGGGCUUCCCUCCGCAGUUAACUGGACAUUCUUCAUCAGUACACAGCCUGGUAAACCAAAGCUGCACAUCUUCACAGAUUCCUCUGGAUCAUGAACUGGGUCAUAGGCGGAAAAUGUCCCAGUCGUUUGUGGGAGUUGGCGACGUCAAGCCCGAGAGUCCCCACCUCCGCCGUUCUACCUCUUCUGACAUCCCUCACAUGUCCCGUAUACCACGGGAGGGAGUGUCGCCCUCCUACCAGUCUCCUAUGAAGACUCCCAUAGGCCUGAAUCACAAACCGGAGCUAUCGCCACAGAAAAGCCCUCCAGGUUUCUUGACAACACCACUGCCUGUGGUGCCCACAUCGAGUUCACUUCAGCCGCGGCCUGAUGCCAAGACGGAACGUUCCGGGCAUCGCUCCAUUGACAUGGUCCAGCUUUUGACGACGUACCCCAUCAUGUGGCAGGGUCUCUUGGCACUGAAGAACGACCAGGCUGCCGUCCAGUUGCAUUUUGUCUCUGGCAACACUCUACUGGCUCAACGCUCACUGCCGCCUCCAGAGGGAGGUUCUCUUCUUCGCAUUGUCCAGAGGAUGAGGCUGGAAGCCUCUCAACUGGACAGUGUGGCGCGUCGACUGACGGUGGACAACGACUACUGUCUGCUGCUGGCUUUGCCGUGUGGACGAGACCAGGAUGAUGUCCUCAGUCAAACGCAGGCCCUGAAAAGCGGCUUCAUCACCUAUCUGCAAGCCAAACAGGCAGCUGGCAUCAUCAAUGUGCCCAAUCCUGGAUCCAAUCAGCCGGCCUACGUGGUGCAGAUCUUCCCACCGUGCGACUUCUCCGAGAUCCACCUGUCCCGCCUGGCCCCAGACCUUCUCAACAGCAUCUCCAGUAUUUCACCUCAUCUCAUGAUCGUCAUCGCCUCCGUUUGAUUACCUCUUUUUUUUCUCUCUCUUCUCUCUCUCUCUGCGUUUUCCACAACACCAGCCGUCUUGGACUUGUCCACUUUUGUAAAACUGGAAUUGCCUCAUAUUUUCUAUGACUUUUUUGAAAACUCUCAACUAAGCAUUUAAAUCCGUUCUGGUGUGUUGGGUCACUUCACCAAGUCCUUAAUUCACCAGAUGGUGUUGAGGUCCACGUGCAGCGCAGGACUUGACGAGGCCGUCUCUGCUCCGAAACGUCGCUAUUUCUUCUUGUGCAAAGCGUUUUUUUUUUUCCUUUUUCCUCCUUCUUAGAAGUGUUUUUGUUUUUUUAUAGAGAGGUAAGAGGAGUCAUUGCACUAUGUAAAAGAAAAAUAAUGUGAAGUGUGUACAGAUUUGAGUGUCACGUUAUGGUAGGAGGAAAGAUGAAAAAUCAUUUCAGCUCACUUAGUCAGCUGUUUUUUUGUUUUUUUUUGUUUUUUU